GCAGGAAAUCGGGGAACGCCUUGACCUUUAUGUGGGCGUUUCCUUCCCAAUCUAUUCCUAUAUCGUGAUUCUCGACCGACCUGGAAAAGCGCAGAUACCUCCAACUGAACCCGUUUAUCCACCACAGCUCACCCACUCACCCACUCACCCACUCAUCCACUCACUCACCCACCCACCCACUUCCACUCCUCCCCUACAUCUUUCAUCUUUGUUCUUUCUCUCCAGUCUUUCACAGUGUGCGCGUGUGUGUGUGUUAAACGUCGCUCUUUUUUCGGUUGCUCGUCGCCAUCACGCUCAUUACAUAUGCAAGCCUCUCGUUAUCUCAAUUCCAUUCGAAGCAUUUUGAUUGCCUGGAAACUAACUUUAUCUCUUCACUGACUUUGUUCGUAUCUCUGCUAUCAUCAGUUGGACGGAAACUGCAACACGCCGAGUUCUCACCCACGCACACGAGGGAAGAUAAGAUACUACCUAGGUACAGCACGAAAACAACAUCAGAUAUUUGGGGGCCUGAGGAGCAUUUGAUCCAUCAAUAACAUUAUUCCUUCACGCAAUGAAGUUUUUCGAUAUAUCAACGGCAAUUGUGGCCGUGGCAAUAUUAGUGUCACCCUCUCAAGCCAAGUUGGGCCGUGGACUUUCCCAUCUCGACAUUUUGGAAAAACGCCAUUCGCAUAACAGAAUUCAUGCAUCUCCAAGAGCAGAAGACCCUGGAAAUUUGUUACAGAAGCGCACUACUUGCGCAUUCCCAACGGAUGCUGGAUUGGUGUCUGUCACCCCAAAUUCUGUAAAUGCAGGAUGGGCAAUGAGUCCUGAUCAAGCUUGCACCCCAGGUUCAUAUUGUCCUUAUGCUUGUCCUCCUGGCCAAGUGAUGGCACAAUGGAACCCAAAAGCCACUUCUUACACUUAUCCGUUAUCCAUGGUAUGUUGGAAUAUUUAUGAGCUCAAAUAAAAUACUAAAUUCUCGCAGGAUGGAGGGCUAUAUUGUGAUUCAAAAGGCAAAAUUAGCAAGCCAUUUCCUAAUCAACCCUAUUGUGUGCCCGGAACCGGGACAGUUGGAGUUGUAAAUAGCUGUGGUGGAACCGUUUCGUUCUGUCAAACAGUUUUACCUGGAAAUGAGGCCAUGUUAAUUCCAACAUCGGUGGAUGCAUCCUCUCAAUUGGCGGUUCCAGGAACAAGCUACUGGUGUGAAACUGCAGCUCAGUAUGUAUUAGUCAUCAUAUGAAGGUUCUAAGUAACUAAUAAUCUUUAGUUACUAUAUCAAUGCUCCUGGAGUCUCAACUGCCGAUGGUUGUAUCUGGGGUGAUGGUUCAAAACCCAUUGGAAACUGGGCCCCAUAUGUCGCAGGAGCUAACACGGACGCCAAUGGUGAUACCUUUGUUAAGAUUGGCUGGAAUCCAAUUUGGACAGCCUCCUCGCUUUCAAAGACCAUGCCUAAUUUUGGUUUAAAGAUUGAAUGUUCUGGACCUGGUUGCAACGGGCUCCCUUGUUCAAUUGAUCCAUCGGUUGUCGGGAUUGGAGGAGUUACUAGUGCUGAUCAAGCUUCUGGUGCAGGAGGAGCUAGCUUUUGUGUUGUUACUGUUCCUUCAGGCCUGACCGCCGAUGUUGUCGUUUUUGAGCUUGGUAGUUCUGGUUCUUCCGCUCCAGCAUCUUCCAAGGCUGAUUCGAGUAUCGCUUCUUCAGCCGCAAAAUCGACCUCGAUAUCAACUCACAGCUCAUCUUCUUCGAUUCUUACUACCUCGUCUACUCCAACUCCAUCAACUAGCAGUUCCUCAUCGUCUACAUCAACGUCAUCAACGUCGUCAUCUUCAUCGUCAUCGUCAUCUUCAUCGUCAUCAUCUUCAUCUUCAUCAUCCUCUUCAUCAUCUUCAUCUUCAUCUUCAUCUUCAUCAUCUUCGUCAACAUCGACGUCAACGUCUUCUUCUUCUUCUUCGUCUUCAUCUUCAUCGUCUUCUUUCUCUUCUUCCUCAUCAUCACCAUCUUCUUCCUUCCUUCCUCUCAUCUUCAUCAACACCGCGACUUUCCUCUCUUUACAGUCAUACAACUUCCAUCACUGCUUCUACUUAUCCGACCGACUCAUCUUCCUUCAAGUUGCAAACUCUACCGGCGGUGUCGCAGUACUUUCUUUGCAAAACAGUACCCGACCAGCACUGUCGUGUCAACGCCAAUGAGCCCAAUUGCGAGCGUUACCGAAGCCUCACCCGCAACCGGCUCUGCUACUGCCUUAAGUCAAAAGAAAUCAGGUGCUUCAGCAACCGAAGUGUCAAAUUCCAUGUUCGGCCUCGUCUUACUCCUUGCCAUUGGCUGCUUGAUCCAGUAGCCACAUUCCAAUUGUAUAAUCUUCGCAUCUCUUGGAUAUCUUUCAAACAUAUCGAUUUCUAAUACGUCUGGACCACGUAAAAUCUCCUUCGGCCUGGUUAAUAUCAUCAUGACUUCAGUUUCUGUCCGCCAUAUAGAUAUACUAUUUAUGCUCAACGCAACUUUCAAUUUCUCUUUUUAAUUUUUUUUACCUCAUGGUUGCAUAUAUUACCAGUAAUGCGGAGGCACUUCAACACUACUGGAUGCGAUACUCUCCGAAUUCUGUCGGAAUCAAAUUUCUUGCAAUCUUUUAUUGGAUUUAUACCAUUACGUUAUUCUACGUUUACUUCAUAUUAUCAUGGAUUGGUGGGAGGCGAAGUUUGGAUUCAAAUAUUUUUUUCCUUUUAUGAUUGGCAUAUAUGAUGAUGUUUAUACACGACUCUUUUAGCUUGGAUGUUUGGAACUAUCUACCUAUCUUUGAAAAGGAAGUUUCAGUCCUCUUUUUGGAGGACACGGUUGGGUACGGAAAAGAGGAGCAAGUUUGGCGAGCUUUCUUGAUGGAUGUCUGGGUUGGUUGGUGGGAUGAUACUAUAUUACCAUAUAAUCUUUAUUUAUAAUUUUAAGAGGUCGGAUGGGAGAUCCAUUGUUCCAUAGAUGAAUUGGACUAGAAAGAUGAGAUGAAUAUGGGGGGAAGGUUGGCGCGGUGUAGUGAUGUGAAUAGGGAGGAGAUGGAUGGUAGUUUUGCUAUACAAAUGUAGUGAUGGAGUGAAUUGAGAUACCAAGUAUUACUCUGAAGUUGUUUUU